AUGCGUGCUGAACGGUUAGAGCAGUUUCUCAGGGAAAGGGAGCCCCCGUGCACCCAGACCCAGAGAUAUCAGUGGUCUACUAAGCUCCUAAUGCGCCCACAGUCCCAAACCGCUGAAGUGAAAAUGGUGAAGUUGCAAGACAAGCCGAAACCGGUGGAUAUGACGCUCAAGAUCAUCGGGAAUGCAGCGGUCGUUAUGAACACGGUUGUGAAAACCCCCGAAGAACCUGAGACCCGCCCUAAACCGGUAGAACAGAUCCAUCCUGACCUGAGUCCAAAGGCCGAGACCUUGAAUCCAGAAAGUAUGAUGGAUGUCAAGACUAAUGUUCAGGUCCCUGAACCGUCAGUGGAUGUCCACUCACAGACGAGUUGUUCGACGCCGGUCCAGAGGCUGGAGGCAGAAUAUGCUCGGGUGAUACGAGUCUCUGCUGAAGAAUUGGAUCUGGAACCUGCCGUAUAUCUCAGAGAAGGAAGUGAUCUGAUGGCGCAAUUACGAGACCAACUCAUCCUGCUCCCGGAAAUUGAAGAACUGACCCCAGAGUGUAACAUCGACGAAGCAAAUGUCGGAGUCCCGGGGGUCACAACUCCAGAAAUGGAAGCCAAGAUGAGGGGGAUCCUGAAACGUCAUCGCAGUAUUUUCCUGGGAGACGGUAAUGCAGCUCCGGCUCCGGCUAGGGGCGUGGUGUGCGACAUCGACAUUGCUGCACCUUUCUUGGUGAAGGUAUUUGAGCUCCUGAAGAAGCUGUUGGAGGCAGAACUCAUUGAGUAUUCAGAGUCCGAAUGGUCAUCACCUAUUGUGAUUGUGCUGAAGAAAAACGACAUAGAAAUCCGAAUGUGUAUUGACUACCGACUUCUGAAUCUCGCUACCCUUUACCCUUGA